ACGUUCCGCGACCGUUUAAUACGGUUCGAACUCGCGACCGAAACGGUUCCCGACUGACAGCGGUUUCGAGUAGAGUUUCGUGCAUCGCGGACGAUCCUUGCUGGCCGGCAGUGUGCAUCGAGUGAUUGUGUUUUUUGUGUGUGUGGUACAGCGCAGUCAUCUUAAAACGGUGCAUCGCUACGCUUAGUGUAGUUUUAGUGUGUCUGCAGUCGCCAGACAACUCCAACGAACGAGUAGGGUACUUAGCUGAGCGGUCAAGAUGAGCAGCAGCGCGCCCGGGGCGACCAACCCCAUGCUGUACGAUCCCAUCCCGGAGGGACAGGGUUCGACGACGAAGCGCAACCAGUUCGUCGCUGCGCUUGGAAUUUGCAUGGCGGCGGUGAGCGGCGGUACGGCCCUGGCCUGGACAUCGCCCGUACUGGCCCAGCUUGUGCCGGCCAAUCAAAGCGACACGAGUGGGCUCGCGCACGAAAGCUUCCUGCUGACCACCGAUGAAGGAUCAUGGGUUGGUGCGUUCCUGGCCGUGGGAGCGUUCCUCGGUGCACUGCCUGCUGGAUAUUUGGCGGAGAAGAUCGGUCGCAAGUACACAACCAUGUCGCUGGCAGUGCCGUACCUGAUCAGCUGGGCACUGAUCAUCUUUGCUACCGGUGCGGGCAUGCUGUACGCCGGUCGUUUGGUCAUUGGCAUUGCAACGGGUGCGUCGUGCGUCGUUGCACCGAUGUUCAUCUCGGAGGUGGCCGAAACGUCCAUCCGCGGUGCGCUGGGAGCAUUCUUCCAGCUUCAUCUAACGGUCGGCAUCCUGUUCGUUUACGCCGUCGGUUCCUACACCCACUGGGUGACGCUCAGCAUACUGUGUGCCAUCUUCCCGGUGCUGCUGAUUGUGGCCAUGUUUAUCGUGCCCGAAAGUCCAGUGUACUUGGUGAAGAAGGGUCGUCGUAUUGAUGCUGGCGUAGCACUGAAGUGGUUCUGGGGCCCGAAUGCCGACACCCAGUCGGCGCUGCAGACCAUCCAGUCCGAUCUGGACGCGGCUUCCGGUGAGGCGAAAGUGUCCGACCUGUUCACGAACCCAACCAACCGGGCGGCGCUCUUCAUCUCGCUGCUGCUGAUGUUCUUCCAACAGUUCUCGGGCAUCAAUGCGGUCAUCUUCUACACGGCGCCGAUCUUCCAGUCGGCCGGCAGCACCAUGGACCCGGCCGUCUGCUCGAUUGUGGUCGGCGUCGUGCAGGUCGUAAUGACGCUCGCCUCCUCCGUGCUGAUCGACAAGGCGGGCCGCCGGAUACUGCUGCUGCAGAGCAGCUUCAUCAUGGGCGCGUGCCUGAUCGUGCUCGGCGUGUACUUCAAGAUGCAGAACGACAAGGUGGACGUGGCGAACAUUGGCUGGUUGCCGCUGGCCUCGGUCGUGCUGUUCAUCAUCAGCUUCUCGCUCGGGUUCGGCCCCAUCCCGUGGAUGAUGAUGGGCGAGCUGUGCGCGCCGGACAUCAAGGGGCUGGCGUCCGCGCUCGCCGUCAUGUUCAACUGGACGCUCGUGUUUCUGGUGACGAAAAGCUUCGGCACGAUGCAGGAGCUGCUCGGCUCGGACUGGACGUUCUGGUUCUUUGGCGCGUGGAUGAUGGUCUGCACGGUGUACGUGUUCAUUAAGGUGCCGGAAACGAAGGGCAAAACCAACGCACAGAUUCAGGCCAUCCUGGGCGGGAAGAAGUAAGGCGGCGCAGUAAGGGUGCUGCCAAAGAUACUGAACCACUUUAUGUAUCUUGCUGUGUAUGUACGUGUGCGUAACUUUAUGUCUGUGUCCGUUUGAACCUCGAGUUGGUGUAAUCUUUCCAAAUUCCGUGCUUCGGCAGAUUUUGUUUCGGUCUUUUGUUUCUGUUUUAUAAGUGUAGAGCAAUUUAUUUUAACGUGUUGUACAUAUGUUACUGUAGCCGUUUUAACCAGCUCCACCUCCCCCCAAGCCCACUACUAUACAUUACAUUGUUGUAGGUGCAAAAAAGUCUGUUUGCUCGCGGACCUUGCGAUACUUUCAAAGGAGGGUUCGGGAAGUCCAGGAUAGGUUAUACGGUAAAAGGUUUCUUGUUCGUUUAGGAAAGCAAAGGCCGCAUACACAAGGUACGGUAAUCGAAACGACUGAUGAGGAAACAGGAAGUGCAGGUGCGAGCUUCAAAAGCAGGCUCUUGAGAUAGUAAAAUAUUGCCAUUGUAGUUAGUAGAGGGACAGAGAGAGAGAAAAAGAGAAGCAGAAAUAUUCAAAUGGAAGGAAAAAUAGAAAGCAAAUAGAUUCCUAGGGGCCGGAAGUUUUGCACUUGCAGGACGUAAUGGCUACCGUAAGAUAGCUUGCGGUAUCCGGUAGUGAAGUGUACUGAUAAGUUUUUAAGCUAAGUUUAGGUUGUGUUGCUUCGGUAGUGUCGGUAUGUUACAACGAAGGAGUAUGGUGUGGAUGCUAGCUUACGAGUGCCAUUUGCCAAAAAGAAACCAGUUGUGCACUAGCGAAAGGAGCUUCCGGGCGUCCUCUAGACGCGUGCUUAACGCUUCCUCGUUGUCAAUUGUUCAUAAUUCAUUUGUCCGCCCAAAACGGAAAAGAACAUGUAACGCUAAGUGUGUUUACUUAUAUACCCAGCCAGUCUAUCAUAUCAGCAAACAGCAAACAAAAAAGGUCAUGAAAGGUUGUACAAUACAGAAAGAUAAUUUAUUAUUGUUGGCCACCUAAACCUCCACUUCACAUCCAUCAGUAAACUUUUGGCAUAACUUUUUGGAUCGGAAACACCCUGUCUCGCCAGCGUUUCAUCACACAAAUGUCCCCCAAAAAGGGACCACCCAACCAGAAACCUCGAUUGUAUCCAGUUUUUGAGCCGACCUAGUGAGCCGGUUUUUGAAAAUGUUCAAUUUCUUAGUAGAAUUUCAAAGGAAAGAUUACGUUCGAAGGUGCCAUAUCGAGUAGGGUAAGCUGCUCAGAGAGAAAAAAAGCUAAAUCUACACACGGAGUGACACACUAUAAGGCUUUAAUGUAUAAGCAGGAGCAAUAAGAAUGUAUAAAAGGGCAUACGCCGCGGGCUUUAAUGCUGAAGCUGAAGUGUAAACAUAAUCAAUGCGCUGGCACAUACAUACGCAAAACAAAACGCUCAUCUCUUCCGCGACGUGCAACGAUUCCCACCGGAAUGAAGCGGCAACUGGGGCGUGAGCUGUCUACAACUGAACGAACUGUGCACUGUGUAUAGCGAACGGAGAAGAGUUGGUUAUGUUUUACAAGAAGCUAAAAGCUCGUUGGAAAACGGAUGGAAAAAUAUAACCUAUUUAACCUGGUGUAA